CUGCUGGUUGAGCUCAGUGACUGGGCGGACUGCUGGUUGACUGCUGGUUGAGCUCAGUGACUGGGCGGACUGCUGGUUGACUGCUGGUUGAGCUCAGUGACUGGGCGGACUGCUGGUUGACUGCUGGUUGAGCUCAGUGACUGGGCGGACUGCUGGUUGACUGCUGGUUGAGCUCAGUGACUGGGCGGACUGCUGGUUGACUGCUGGUUGAGCUCAGUGACUGGGCGGACUGCUGGUUGACUGCUGGUUGAGCUCAGUGACUGGGCGGACUGCCGGAGGGGUAGGAAGCGGAGGCUGCGGGAGCUCGGAUUGGUUACUUUCCUCCCGGGUCCAUUUACAGUCAGAAGCUGCAGAGAGCAGGAAGGAAGGAAGUCAACUUUGCACCUCAACACUGAGCUCGUGAACAGCCCCUCUGCCGCCCGGAGCUCAUCAAACUGUGGGGGGGGGUGUGGGGGGGUGUCCCGGGGUUUGGGGUCGGUGGGCGCCGCUGGUCCAGGGCUGAGCCGCUUCUCUCCUCUCCCUCUCGCCAUGGACACUGUGCAGCUGACAGAGGAGGAGAUGGCUGAAGUCAAGAAGGAAGCUUUAGAAAAGCUGAGGCCACAUUUGUGUGGUAAAAUCACUGCUGAUAGACACUUUGACUACUUGAGGGCAAAGAAGAUACUUUCAAGGGAAGAUACAGAAGAAAUUUCUAACCAGCCAACAAAUACGAGAAGAGCAGGAAAACUAUUGGAUUACAUAGCGGAAAACCCAAAGGGCUUGGACACUCUAAUUGACUCCAUCAUACGUGAAAAAACGCAGAUUUUUCUCAUUCCAAAAAUAACAGACGAGGUGCAAAGAUGUAAAAAUGACAGAAUAAUGCAAAAAGGAUCAUCGAUUUUAUCCAGUUACAUAAUGUCAAAAGACGAGUCUUCAACAAACAACCUAUCCAGAUUGUCCUCAUUCGAGCCUAGCAUUCAAAAGAGGGUAGAUGCGAACAUUCUGUUUCACCCUGAAGGAGAGGUCAGUCCAGGAGCAUCGCUUUUGUAUUCUUUCCCUUCCUUAAGUUUGAAAUCUGGAUCUACACUAGAGAAAGCAACUACGAUGAGCAACAUGGAAACCAUGCCAGCAACAUUAUCUCUGCCCAGACCAGGAGAGCCAGGAGCCCCUCCUCUUCCCGAUGAACUACAAGCUGAAUCUGAGGGAACAUGUAGCAAUUCCAGUGAUGAGUUUUUACCGUUGAGAUCACGUUCUCCUUAGUCUCUUGUAGCUGCUCUCACUGUUGCCAUGCACACUGGGAAAAGGACAAUGAUAUUGAAAAAUGAAGAUGCAUUGCAUUAAAUAGUACGACUUCUAAGGAAUGCAAUUUCAUUUUUAUCCUAGAACAGUAAAUAUUUAGAAAUUAUUCACAUCUUUUUUUUUUAAAAAAAAGUUUUCUACACAUACAA